AAGCAUUUCAGUUUCUUUACGAAGCCGUGUUUGAAAACAGAUACUGUUCUGAAAAAAUAUAAAAUAUAAACAAAAUUCCUAUCUACUCACCCUUACGGUUUGAAAAAGUGAAUAUAUUAAGUGUGUGUUAAAGGACUCUUAAACGAUACAUUUAAAAAAAAAAAAAGUUUUUUGUAAACUUAAAUUUCAUUUAAAUUUUUGGAAAAAGCAAUUAAAAGGAUUUGAAAAUUUUCAAAAUGCAGUUUAAAUUGAUGCAUUCUCGAGCCCUCCUCUGCCUUAUAGUAAUUGCUUGCAUUUGUGCAUUGGUAUCUUGCCGACCAUCAGCGUCCGAAGAAGUAGAAUCCGGUGAAUACAGUGGCCACCUUAGUGCUGAGACAAUACAAAAAAUUCAAAAAUGCGACAUGAAUAUGGAAUUUAUGGAACUUUGCAUGCGUUGUGCCAAGAUAACAAAAUCCCAAAUUGUCUAUCCAUUGUGCUGUGACGAUGAGGAUAAUGUACAAGAUUGGUGCAAAAGAUACCUUUUCUUUGCACAACAUGAAGAUUCUUAGAUGCUUAUAGUUUUUGUUUAAUUUUUUUUGAAUAUUAUUUUCUAUGUAUUAUAAAUUAUUUUUAAUUGCCAUUGCAUAUUUAUUACUUUUUUAUAUCAUUAUUGUGGCUAUUUUUCGUUUUUUUUUUCUAUUUGUAAAUAUCAUUUUUUUACGUUUUUUAUAUUCAUCUUUAUUUAUUUUUUUAAGGAAAUAAAAAAAUUAAUAUUUCUUAAGUUAAGAAUUACAAAAAUGCUAUAUUGAUCUGUGAUCUUGUAAGAGCUUUAGAUAAAAAAAAA